UUUUUUACAGUACGAAGUGGGGAAUUACAAACUGAAUUUGUUUAAAACAUCUUUGCCUGUGAGGAGGACGGUCACAGGUCUUUAAAAUGUCUUCCUUGAGUUUUGUGAUAGUGAGUGUCCUUAAUAUUGGCAUAGUUAUUGCAACAUGCCCAGCCAUUUUAAAAAGGGCAGAAUGGGGUGCAAGGCCUGCCCUUAGUACAUCCCUGCUACGUCAGGAACCAGCACCCUUCGUUUUGGUGCACCAUUCAGAUACACCUCAGUGUAUCAAUGAGGUGGCCUGCAAGACGAGACUCCACGGUAUCCAGAACUACCACAUGGACCAGAAGGGUUGGGACGAUAUUGGUUAUAACUUUAUGAUUGGAGGAGAUGGCACAAUUUUUGAAGGUCGGGGAUGGGGUCUUACUGGAGCACAUGCCGUAAAAUACAACAGCCUCAGCAUCGGAAUAUGUCUUCUGGGUAAUUUUCAAGAAACUAAUCCUUCUGCCGCACAGUUGAUGGCCCUUGAAAGCUUGAUUGAAUGUGGUGUCAAAGAAGAAAAAAUUCAUGGUCAAUAUCGCCUUAUGGGACAUCGACAAGUGUCAGCAACUGCCUGCCCUGGUAACAAACUUUUCAGAGUUUUGUCACAUAUGCCAAACUUUGUUCGAACUUAAUACGUAUAUACAGGGCGAGCCUUAAAUAAGUGAAAUAUUUUUAGGGCUGGUAGAUUUCAAUAAAAGAAACAUAUUUUCUCUUUACAGUUCAAAUAAUUCCAAAAUAACCAAGUUGUUUUACUUUAAAAAUAAAAAAAAUAUUUUUUUUUUCUGUAAAUUUUGAGAACCACUGGAUCUUUUCUGGAUUUUCUUUCUUCUAAAUUUAAUCUACAACCUAUGUUGCCAUAUUAUCGAGAUAUUAUGUAAAUAUGCUACCCCUAGAAAUAUUUGCAUUUAUUUGGGACUCACUUUGUAUUUCAAUGAAUCAAUGAAAUUAUUAAUUUUAAGUAUUAUUCUUUUAAAAAAUGAUGUCUGUGAUUAAAACAAAACUCAUAAAAUUAAGAAAAUUCUGUGAUGGGAGGCUUGAAUAUCUAACCCAAAUUUUUGUUAGAAUAAAAACAUACAAAUAUAAUUUAGUUAAAUUCAGAUAGAUACUGUAGUUCUAGUUUUUAUUACAUAUUUGUAGAAAAAUUUAGAGACUGUUUUUCUUGUGAUGCCAAAUAUAAUUUGAUAAAAUA